AAGAUACAAUAUAUUAGAUUAGUAGACUUGUAUUGUCAUCUAGCUCUUGAUCCAAGACAGAAAAAAGUCAUACAAUAACUUUGUGUGACUUGACCAACAGCCACCACUCAUCAUCCAUCUCAAACAGAUACCACAGAUUCCAUGCUCAUCUGGAAUCCCAGUGAAUCAUGGUGCCCAAAAGUCUUAGCUUCAAUCUCCAUCUUCAUCCGCACCCCUCUUUUCCCUCUGCAAUUUCCAGAAUUAAUCCAAGACCUUCUAACUUUGUCACCACCACACCUUUAUUGUCAUCAACUACCAUAACUAUCAGAUCCAAUACCACCCAUGACCAAUCCAAUUUCCACCAUCUUUCACUUGGAAGAAGCCCCAUUUUCACCACCAUGGCAUCAACCCAACACAACCCAAGUCCCAAAUUCGAUGAGUUCGAAUCCGAUCCUACACUUACAAACGACGAUCUCAAGCCCACAACACUUGAUCAAAGGACUUUUUCCAGGUGGGAAUUGGCUAGUCUUUGGGUAGGACUAGUUGUGGGGGUGCCAACUUACUAUUUAGCUGGUAGUCUUGUUGACCUUGGCAUGGCUUGGUGGCAAGGAAUUGCAACAGUUGUAGCAGCCAACAUAAUACUAUUAGUCCCAUUGGUCCUCACUGGUCAUCCAGGGACAAAAUAUGGCAUCUCUUUCCCAGUUUUAGCCCGUUCCUCAUUUGGUAUUUAUGGUGCUCACAUUCCCACUCUUCUUAGAGCCUUGGUUGGUUGUGGUUGGUAUGGAAUUGAGACUUGGAUUGGUGGUGAAGCCAUUUUCAUUUUGCUACCAAAUUCAAUCAAACAGUCCUCUUUGUCUCAGGUCUUACCUUGGCUUGGCACAUCACCAUUGGAAUUUGGUUGUUUUAUUGUGUUUUGGCUUGCCCAAUUGGCCAUUGUUUGGAAAGGAAUGGAUGGAAUUAGUAUUGUAUAUUUCUUCAUGGACUAUAGGAAGACUCUUUUGGGUUCUUGUGGGGUGCUUCCAAAUAUUUGGAGAGACCUAAGCAUGAAGGACUUGUACUCAGUAAGUCCUUUUGGGGAGUAUUAUUAUUCAGGAGGCUACAAUUUGGCAGCAAUGGCAGCUCUUGUUGUUGGGAUUUUGCCUGUGGUUCCAGGCUUCUUGCAAAAAAUUGGUCUUCUUUCUUCAAUAUCAGAUGCUUAUGUGAUCAUCUACAACAAUGCCUGGUUUUUCAGCUUUUUCUCUGCCGGUUUGCUCUACUGGCUUCUGUCAAGUUUGAAAAGAAAACAGAACUCUCUGCCUACAGAAGAACCCCUCUUGCCUCCUGCAAACUAA